CUCAUAGCGAGAUGUCCACUAUAACUACCUUCAUGGAAAGCUUGUCGCAUCGCACAGCCAGGAUUUGAUGCGUGCGUCUGGGCGGUUCUCGUCGCUUCCCUUCAGUUGGACUGGUCGUGAGUGACGGAGGUACUUGGAGGCCAUCUUCAGAACCCUGGCUUCCCUUGUCUCCAUUCAAUCUUUUUCCUGGUCAUCUUUCUCAUCCACCAUCACCAACAUCACCACCACCACCACUACCACACAUACAGUAAUUUGAAUACGGACAACACCGCCCACCAUGUCUGUCACUACCCAGGUGCCCAAGGACUUUGACGCUGAGAAUGCGGACAACUUUGAGGAUAUUGAGAAGCAAUUCGCCGUCAAAGCCGUCCAGCAGAUGGCUACGUACUGGGCCAUCCUCGAAAAGGUGCCCGGCUCCAAGCUGCGCCUGACCAAGAUGGACGACGACAUCUUCGAGCACCUCAAGAGGGACUUCCCCGAGUUCGACCCCGCCGAGCCCAUCAACGAGGACGAGAUGAAGAGCAAGACGGGCAAGGAGAGGUGGCGCACCUUCAUGAUGGCCUACGACAAGAAGAUUGACGACUACAACUUUGGCACUCUGCUGAGGGCCUCCCCCAAGACCGAGUACGGCGAGAAGGAGACCAUCUUUGUGCCGCGCAUGCAGUUUUAUGCCGUCGAGAUUGCGAGAAACCGCGCCGGCCUCAACGACUGGAUCUACGAGGAGGCGGAAAAGGAGAGGCAAAAGGCCAAGGGCAACACCCAGGGCAGCAGCAGCAGCAGCAGCGCAUAGGAUACCAACCAUCGAGCGAAUACAAAGUGAAUUUCUCUGCAAUCCAUCCAGUCGAGUUCUUGAAGCAUGUCCUCGCGGGUGUAUAUGUUAUGCCUCUUCAUAGGUUGGGAUAUAGAGAGAGAGAGAGAGCGAGAUCGGGCUAUUCCAUCUCAGCCACGACUGCUUCCUAUUGUUCUCGGCUACCCCUGAGCCCACCCAGCACUUUACUGUGUAUGGCUCGACACAAACAAUAGCAAGCACCGCCAAACAAAGACCCUCACAAAGCUACACCACAGACGCUUCUCCCUUCGCAUCCUAUUACCACAGAAACCCGAAUCGCAAAAAUGGCCCUCCUAUUAUACUAUCACCACUUGCCACCAGCCUUUCGAAUUGCUACUACCACUUCCUCCUCCAAAAGGCCGACCGUCUUUUUCCUCUUGGACCCAUUUCACCAUGAUCUGG